CCCCAAGACCCCCACCCCAAAACCCUUCCUCCUCUGGCCCCGCUCCGCCCCAUGCGCGCGCGCCCCCGCGCCUGACCAGCAAGCAAGGCCUCCGAGACCCUAGCCGCGCCCCCCCCGUGAUGGCCCCGCGGCCGUCCCUCCACUCGCUGCUCCUCAUGGCCGCCAACGGCUCCUCCUCCGCCGCCGCUGCCGCCGCCGGCGGGGACUCGGGCCUCUUCCUCGCCGCGCGCCGCCGCCUCCCCGCCGCGGCGGCCGCGGGGGGCCACCGCAUCCGUCUGCUCCACUCCUUCCCGGGGGCCCGCGUCCCCAGGCGAGCCGAGGUGGCUUGCUGCGUGCAGAGCGCCCCGGACGAGCGGCCCGCGGGACCCGUCACCGUGCGCUCCAGGAACGCAGUUCAUUCGGCGAACAACUACAGGGCUGCUUCUGAGGGGAGACUUGGGCAGCUCGUUCAGAUGUUGAAAAACGAAGGUAUUAAUCCCAAGCAGUGGAAGCUUGGACAUUUUCAGCGUAUGAUGUGCCCGAAGUGCAAUGGUGGAUCUACUGAGGAGUUGAGCCUCAGCGUCUACAUCCGAAUGGAUGGUAUGAACGCAUCAUGGAAUUGUUUUAGAUCGAAAUGUGGUUGGAGAGGUUCUAUCCAGCCUGAUGGAGUUCCCAAGGUACCACAAGCAAAAGCUGGCAUAGAAAGUGAAAUGGAUCAAGAGGUCGAAUCUGACAAGGCAGCAAAUAAGGUUUACAGAAAAAUAAGUGAAGAGGGCCUCAACCUUGAGCCACUUUGUGAUGAGCUUGUAGCAUACUUUUCUCAGAGACAGAUAUCCGCUGAAACACUUCGAAGGAAUAAAGUAAUGCAACGUAAAUGGAAGAAUAAGAUAUCCAUUGCUUUCACCUAUAGACGUGAUGGUGUCGUUGUUGGCUGCAAAUACAGGGAAGUGGAUAAGAAAUUUUCACAGGAGGCAAACACGGAGAAAAUUUUUUAUGGUCUAGAUGAUAUAAAGCGCGCACAAGAUAUUAUCAUUGUUGAGGGUGAAAUUGAUAAGCUGUCGAUGGAUGAAGCUGGCUACCGUAAUUGUGUCAGCGUACCAGAUGGUGCACCACCAAAAGUAUCCAGUAAAAUCCCAGACAGAGACCAGGAUAAGAAGUAUCAAUAUCUGUGGAACUGCAAAGACUAUCUUGACUCGGCAUCUAGGAUAAUACUGGCCACUGAUGCUGAUCCUCCAGGCCAGGCUCUGGCUGAAGAACUUGCUCGUCGACUUGGUAAAGAAAGAUGUUGGAGAGUCAAGUGGCCAAAGAAGAAUGAGACAGAUACUUGCAAAGAUGCAAAUGAGGUACUGUUUUAUUUAGGUCCACAAGCAUUAAGAAAGGUUAUAGAAGAUGCGGAACUGUAUCCUAUAAGAGGCCUUUUUGCAUUCAAAGAUUUCUUCCCUGAGAUUGAUGAUUACUAUCUUGGAAUCCGUGGGGAUGAGCUCGGUAUUAGUACUGGAUGGAAAUCUGUGGAUGACCUUUACAAGGUUGUGCCUGGGGAGUUGACUGUAGUAACAGGAGUACCAAAUUCUGGUAAGAGUGAGUGGAUAGAUGCAUUGUUGUGCAAUAUAAACAAAGAAUGUGGGUGGAAAUUUGUUCUGUGCUCAAUGGAAAACAAGGUCAGGGAGCAUGCUAGGAAACUCUUAGAGAAGCGCAUUGAGAAACCGUUCUUUGAUGCUAGGUAUGGUGGGUGUGCAGAGCGAAUGACUCCUGAUGAAUUUGAAGCAGGAAAACAAUGGUUGAAUGAAACUUUCCAUCUUAUCCGGUGUGAAGAUGAUAGCCUUCCGUCUAUUAAUUGGGUUCUUGACCUUGCGAAAGCUGCAGUACUAAGACAUGGAGUGCGCGGUCUUGUGAUUGAUCCUUACAACGAACUUGACCAUCAGCGCCCCUCAAACCAAACGGAGACAGAGUAUGUCAGUCAGAUUCUUACCAAGAUUAAGCGCUUUGCUCAGCACCAUUCAUGUCAUGUAUGGUUUGUUGCCCAUCCUAGACAGCUCCAUAACUGGAAUGGAGGCCCACCGAAUAUGUAUGACAUCAGUGGAAGCGCACAUUUCAUAAACAAAUGUGACAAUGGAAUUGUCAUCCACAGAAACAGGGAUAAGAAUGCAGGCCCUCUUGAUGUCGUGCAGGUUUGUGUGAGGAAGGUGCGGAACAAAGUGAUUGGGCAAAUAGGAGAUGCUUUCUUGACAUAUGACCGGGUUACUGGUCAAUUCCAGGAUGCUGGUAAAGCCACCAUAGCAGCCGCAACGGCAUCAACGGUCCGAAAGCAAAAGAACAGCUAUGUAAAGAGUACGAAGGACAAUGUGGCAAAUGAGAUGCCAUUUCCGCAUGUUGAAGCAGACGACUGGGUUGAUGGUCAAGAGUCUCAAGACUGUCUCUUUUAGGUCAGCCUUCUGCUGAAAACUAACUGCCUGGCACGGUAGCACGCCAUAAUCCUUCAUCCUGAGUUCAGUUUGCUCGGGUUUUGACGGCACAGAAGAAAUAGACAUGUUUUUAGUGUUUUUCUCUACUCACUGGUAUCAUUUGACGCAAGUGAGAUUGCACCAUUGUUUCUGGGAUGGCCUGUUGCCGCUAGGUUCACUGUUCACCCCCACGCAUAGGGUACUGAUCUCUAGUUCUUUCUCGCAAUAUGGCACUCCUUAAUUGGGUUGGAAAUCUCAAGUGUACUGUUUCCUGCUGCGAAUGGGGUUGGAGGCUAACCUCCCUUGGAUGGAUACAAGACAUUGGCGGGUGGUGUAUAGUAAGCUUAUGUAAUUAAUUGCCACACCAGGCGCUAGCUCUAUGAGCAGUUUGGGUAGAUUAUUAGCGGCUAGGGUCAUCAUGUAGUCCUUUCUAAAAAUUGUAUCAGUUGGAAGGGCAUCAGUUGAUCUCUGUUUCACACUUGUAUACACCUGACCAGGGCAUCCGUUGGCAUCUUUAAUGUGCCAGAAUUGUGAAAUCAGGUGUUGCUCUUGUUUCUUCGACCAGGCACAUGGAAAGCAAUCUAUCAACCAUGUGCUGAGCA